AUGGCCAGCCGCUCGCUCUUCAAGCAGCUCUCGAGGUCCGUCUACCUCGCGGAACCGGCUUCGAGACUCGCCAACGGGGCAGCAGAUGCGGCGCGCAAAGGUCCACAGAUGGUGCUGAUACUGAGCUGGAUGGAUGCGCAGCUGAAACACGUCGAAAAGUACGCCGAGACGUACAUGAAGCUCUACCCCUCCUCGUCCAUCCUCGUCGUCCGGUCAAACCAGCGCGACUUUUGGCAGACCGCUGCGUUCGCAAAGACGCUUUCUCCGGCUAUCGACGUACUACGAAAAGAGGCGACGUACCCUGCCGGCCCGUCAAGCCGUCUCCUCGUGCACACCUUCAGCAACGGCGGCUGCCUGACCUUGAAGCAGCUGAACGAGCUCCUUCGCUCCUCUCCUUCCUCCGCAAACGGCUCAGCCGACUCCGAACCUCUCCUCAAGAAGUCCUCCACCGGCAUACCCGCUCGAGCAUUCGUCUUCGACUCCUGCCCCGGCUUGUCGACUCUGUCAAGCACAAUGGCCGCCUUCACGGCGCCCAUCAAGAGCGCGUUCUUGCGAUACCCGGCAAUGGCGGUCGUAGCAAUGGUGUAUGGCGUCUUGCGUUUAUACGGAGUCAUCUUCCGCAAGACCCCCGUCCUGCAACGCCUCUCCAACUACUUGAACUCCCCCGCGCUCCCCUCGGUCCCCCGUCUCUACCUCUACUCUCCCGCCGACCUACUAAUCCGGCACACCGACGUCGAGAAACACGCUGCUCUCGCUCGCUCCGUCGUCGGGGUGCAAGACGUCCGACUAGAGAAGUUCGAGGGGACGGCUCAUGUUGCGCAUGCGAGGAAGGAGGGUGAGAGAUAUUGGAGUGCUGUGCAGCGGAUUUGGGACGAGAGCGGGAAGCAGUAG